GGGUUGUCCCAUACGCUGGUGAUGAGGGUGACCACUUCCAAUAGGAUAGGAGGGGUUUGUGAAAAGGUCUGUUUUAUUCGCUCUCACGCCUAUUUUAUUCAUUCAUCGACGACAAUCACCUCAAAACGACAGCGCGUGUAUAUAAGUUCACACGGCAGAAGUCUAUUUGUAUGCUGUUGGAGAACUUCAGGAGAACCUUCUGGGCAUAGCUGUCAGCAGAGAACAUGAGGAAGAGCCGGAGUGUUCUGGCAGUGACACCCAUCGAUGACAGCAAGGACAUCUCCGGAUGUACAUCUUCAGGAGCAACACUGGGUGUGGAUCUCUGGCGCGGCCCCAGACGGCACUCAGGAACCCUUGUGUUGCCGCCGUUGUCAUGGAGACAGGCAGAGAGGGCCCGCAGUCCACAAGACGAUCACAUUUCCAGACCCACAACGCUGGGCUUUGUAACCCCGCCGCGAAUAGACAUCACACCAGUACCUCCUGACAGUUUGGAGGUGGAGAAUGGCCCCUCUAUGGGCUGCAGUCCAUUGGACCUGCAGGUGUCGCCGGGCUCUGGUCUGGCUCUACAUCCCAAUAUGGCCAGUCACGGUCAGAGGCGGGAGUCGUUUCUUUACCGCUCAGACAGCGACUACGACCUCUCGCCCAAAUCCACCUCUCGCAACUCCUCCCUUGUGGGUGAACAGCUACAUAAUGAAGACCUCAUAGUAACUCCUUUCGCUCAGGUGCUUGCCAGUCUUCGCACUGUCAGGAAUAAUUUCACCAUCUUGACAAAUGUACAGUGUCCCCCAAGCAAAAGAUCACCAGUCAGCAGUCACCCCCCAAUGACAAGGGCCAACAUGUCAGAUGAAUCCUACCAGAAGAUGGCCGUGGAGACCAUGGAAGAGCUUGACUGGUGCCUGGACCAACUGGAGACCAUCCAGACGUACCGUUCUGUAAGCGACAUGGCCUCCAAUAAGUUCAAGAGGAUGUUGAACAGAGAACUGACACACCUGUCCGAGAUGAGCCGUUCUGGAAACCAGGUGUCCGAGUUCAUCUCCAACACUUUCUUAGAUAAACAGAAUGAACUGGAGAUCCCAUCGCCCACGACGAAAUCGCGAGACAGAAAGAGGAGGCAACAACAGCUCAUGAAUCAGAUCAGUGGAGUAAGGAAGGUCACGCAUGGCUCGGGUCUCUCCAGCAGCUGCACUGUGGGUCAAUUUGGAGUAAAAACGGAUCUUGAAGACAUGCUCUCAAAGGACCUGGAGGACAUCAACAAGUGGGGUCUGAACAUCUUCAAAGUUGCAGAACAUUCUCACCACCGCCCGCUGACCUGCAUCAUGUAUGCCAUCUUUCAGGAGAGAGAUUUAAUGAAGACAUUCAAGAUCCCAGUGGACACCUUUGUGACAUACAUGAUGACCCUUGAAGACCACUACCACGCAGACGUGGCCUAUCACAACAGUCUCCAUGCGGCCGAUGUGGCCCAGUCUACGCACAUCCUGCUGUCCACGCCUGCGCUAGAUGCGGUCUUUACAGACCUGGAGAUUCUGGCGGCUAUCUUUGCAGCAGCCAUCCACGACGUAGACCACCCAGGGGUCUCCAACCAGUUCCUUAUUAAUACCAACUCAGAACUGGCCCUCAUGUACAACGACGAGUCUGUUCUUGAAAACCAUCACUUAGCUGUUGGCUUCAAGCUCUUGCAGGGGGAAAACUGCGACAUCUUCCAGAACCUCACCAAGAAGCAGCGUCAGAGCCUCCGAAAAAUGGUCAUUGACAUGGUACUAGCAACAGACAUGUCCAAGCACAUGAGCUUACUGGCUGAUCUAAAGACGAUGGUUGAGACGAAGAAGGUCACCAGCUCAGGAGUAUUGCUCCUUGACAACUAUACAGAUAGGAUACAGGUCUUACGCAAUAUGGUUCACUGUGCCGAUCUCAGCAACCCUACCAAAUCCUUAGAUCUGUACCGCCAGUGGACAGACCGCAUUAUGGAAGAGUUCUUCCACCAAGGUGACAGGGAAAGAGAGCGAGGCAUGGAGAUCAGCCCCAUGUGUGACAAACAUACCGCUUCAGUUGCAAAGUCUCAGGUCGGUUUUAUCGACUACAUUGUGCACCCGUUGUGGGAGACAUGGGCCGACCUUGUGGAUCCAGAUGCACAGGAUAUCCUAGACACUUUAGAGGAGAACAGAAACUGGUACCACAGCAUGAUACCACAAAGUCCCUCCCCACCCUUUUAUGAGACAGGAACUGAUGGUGGAGACAAGUUUCAGUUUGAGCUGGACGUUGAAGAUGGAGUUAAGGAGGAUACUGAGAGACUCCUAGAGAAAGACUGCGUAGAGAUAUGCACACAUUCUCCUUCUACUGAGACGUAGCACUUCGCUACAAUGACUUGUUUUCGGCCAUUUUUGGUCAAGUGGAGAAAUAUUUUCAUACUGAUUGAAAAUCCCACCGAGGAACACUGUGUCUUGGGACUUUGCCAUUGUUACAGAGCCCAAAAGAGGAAAGAACAUCCUCUGGAAACAAAGUUGGAAUUUUGCAGGAAUCCAUAUUCAAGUUGGACAUUGGACAGCCGAAUGUGCCCAACUGAAUGUACAAGGAGUGCCAUAAGAUGGAAUGCCAUAAUCUGAAUGAUGGAUUGGGUUUCUGUGGAGAUAUACUGACUCUCUCAUAAGAGAGGUUUAUACUACAAUUUUAAAAUGUACUUUUUUGUACUUUUGUGUAUUGUGACUGUUUUGUCGACACGUACAACUACACUUUCAAACACGUCAAAUAAGACUUAUCAUGCUUAAAGGAAAAAGCGUGGACAUCCCAGGCGUGUUUUGGGAAUGCAGUCUUCCAACGUUUUGGACGAAAUAAUAAUAACUUUGUACUUUGCUACAAACAGUUUCACUUUUUAAAGCUAUUAUAAUAAUUCUUCUGGUACAGCUAAUGUGCUGUUUUAUGUUGUUUUAAUUAAAUUGGAUCCAAAGAG